GACGGUGAAAUAUUGAAAAUUUAUUACCAGCAUAAAAAAUGCCGACAAAACCAUGUUCAUAUUCUAAUUUACCACCCACCGGACUUCCACACCACACGAAGACGAUGGCGAUGGUCGGCCGCCGGUGGUAUUACGAUGACGACGAUGAUGCCAGAGCCUGCUAUGCUUUCGCCGUGUGUGCGCUUAUUUCACUUUAUACCAUCGCAUGGUUCUGUGAAAAGUGUGGUGCUGCUGGUGCAUGUUUCUUCUGCCCACCACACGUAGCAAAAUACGGGGUUCACCUUCCGGUACCUAAAGAACUCGACGUCUGCUGUAUGUACGGGGUUGAACAGUUUUAAAUUUCAAUACCUGGAAGAAAAUUCGGCUUUAAUUUUCAUUCGUUCCAGAAUUCAUUUGAAAAUUCACGUUGACGGCAUGGAUUUGUGCUACCUUCACAUAAAUGGAAUGUCAUUGAAUGGAAAGGUAAUCGAAAUUUAUCGAAAAGCCUCCAUACGGUAACUAAAAACACAUUCCCGUGUAUCGUGUUGGGGGUGUUGGUUGGCUGGAAAGAACCAUAACCGCUACCUACUGCAAGGAAAUUUAAUCGAUAGCAGCAUGCCGACGGGCUUUUCGCGGGCCCUCGCUGCUGACUCAAAAUCAAAGCAACCUGGGUAUUUCCUGCAGUUGAGCGCGACAUUCCAAAGGGUAAAGAAGCAAAUUUACAGUCUCAAGUUAACGCUAAAAUGCCUCCCAAGGAGAAAAAGCCCAAGAAAGCUAAGAAAGCCGUACCGGAUAUCCAACCGGUGGAUGGACUGAGUGCCGUGGACCGACAGUUCUUCGAAAUAACCAUCAACGAUUUGAACCAAAAGUUGGCUCGAUUGAGGACGCACAACGUGAAGAUUGAAGAGCGAAAUGAGGAGCUUGAGAGUAAGCUGAAGCAGAUCGAGGAAGAUCGAGCGGAUGUUACGGCCUUCUUGGAUCGCACAUUGCAGGAAAAAUUAGCAGUUAUUAUCGAACUGGAGGACAAGUUGAGUGAGUUAUCCAAGGUUCGAGAUCAGGAGAAUACAGAAUGUCAGGAGAAAAUCGUCAGCUUGGAUGCAAAGUACAAAGCCAUGCACGAACAGCUUACAUCGGAAAUAAAGCUGCUCACGGGCAAGUUGAAUUCAAUGGAAGAGUUCCGUAUGCAGCGGGAUGAACUGAUGGCGAAAUUCGACGCACAGGAUACGGAGCUGAAAGAGCAAAACAAGCGGCACAAGACGACCCUGUACGAAAUGGAACGCAAGGUCAUACUGGACAAGGACCGAUUGCGAAAAGAUGUGGAGAACAAACUGCUUCAGCUUUCCACGGAGUUCACCAAAUCUUCGGAGAUUCGAGUUGCCGCUCACACCCAAAGGCUUGUCCGCGAAAACAUCGCAUUGAACAACGAAAUGGAUCGGAUGAUCUUCACCCAAGAACGAUUGGAGAAACAAUUCGCAGAUUUGAAGGCCCAAAACGCGGAGCUACGGAACCAAGCAGAAAUCGAUCUGGUGGAGAAACAACGUCUGAUGCAGACUUGCCAGGAACGGUUGGACUUGAUCAAGCAACUAGCCGACCAAUACGAACAGCAGUUGCACAGGAAUGCCCAACUGCACGCAUACAAGGAGAAGGCGGACGAAUUCGAGACAGAAACGCAGUCCACGAAGAAGGAAUACAACCAUCUCCGCCAGAAGGUCCGAAUCCUCGAACAAUACAUCCACUUCAUCAACACCGAUCGCCAGUCGCUUCGCAACGAAUCAGAUCACAACCGAAAAGAAUUCGAUCGCAUCUCGGAGAUCCUCAAAACCGUACGCUUCACGGUUCGCUCGGCCUUCAAAGAGGACGAACUGGAAGACGACCUCCCAUACCAGGAAAUCAAACGCAAGCGCCUGAUCGCGGACCUUCUGAACACCCUUACAGACCUGGAGUUAAAACCGCUAGUAACAGUUUCCGUAGCGACGAUUCCGGAAGAUGCCGAAGGUUAUGAGCAAGGUGACCUGGGAGUCAUACCACGUGAAACAAUGGAUUCGAUCAUUGCGAAGACGCAGGUUUCCUAUCUGCCGGACUCGCCGCUGAUCAGUUCGGAUGCCAACUCGUUGGCAUCGGGCUUGGAUCAGGAAAGCGUCAGCUUGCGUUUCGCUUCCGGCAGCGAUGUGAUCCUCGAUGUGGUGAGCGGAUCGCAGUUGGUGUUCAAGGGGUCGGACGAGGGCACGUACGAGGAUCAAGAGGCAGGGGAUGGUGAGCAGGAGGAGGGUGAGAAGAGUGCCGAGAAGAUUAAGGAGGAAGGCGAGGCGGAAGAGGAUGAGAAACGAUCGGUUAAAGGCGAAGGUAGCGCCCAUGGUUCUGAGACGCAUUCAACGGGAUCGGACAAGGAACAGCCGGAGGAUAUCAUCAUUGAUGCGCCAGACGUCUUCGAGGAUGAACCGAUUGAGUUUGGGACAACCAAGAGUGACUCGGAUUAAAGCUUUUGGUGUGAUAAUAAAAUGCUUGUGUGCUUGAAUGUUG